GGUAACCCGUUUCGCACGGAUUUCGGCAAGGGAACGGCGGCUGCUGAAUUUCUUGCUGAACCGCCUUUCUUGAACCUCGGAGCGGCGCUCGAUGGUGUGCCGGAAGAGGACAAGUGGGCUGCUGGACCGUCCUCCAAGAAGCCACAAAAGAAAAUGCCGCCGCCCGAAAUCCCCAGGUCUUCGCCUCCAAAGCACAAACCUGAGCAACUUCGAGACUUGCGCGUCGGCAUUAUUGGAGCGGGUUUCACUGGACUCCUGCUCGCCCAUGGCCUGCGCCGGCACGGGGGCGUCGAGGUUGACAUUUAG